UUUUAAGAAAAAACCCAGGAAAAAGAGAAAAUUCUCAGACAAAUUCAAAUAUAUUAUAAUUAAAUUCCUUCUAUAUAUAUAUGCCUCUUUGUAUUUCAAAACCCAACACUCUGCCAUUUCAUUUCAAAUUUGCUAAAACCCAAGCCACUGAGAUGACGAGGGAGUGUGCCCGUCGGUACCCGGAAUUCCCGGUUCCUGUGCUGCUUGGACUCACCGUAAUUACCAUACUCCUCUCUUCGUUCUCUCCGGUCGUGGGCUCACGUCCAUGGUCCCACAUCAAAGAAACCAAUGGCUCUGAUCUAAUCUUUGGCGGGUCCAAGAAGUACGAGGGCUCAUCGGAGUUCGUUCAUUUACGUUACCACAUGGGUCCCGUCCUCACCGCCAACAUCACUGUACAUAUAAUCUGGUACGGCACGUGGCAGAAGAACCAGAAGAAGAUCAUCCGCGAGUUCGUAAACUCAAUCUCCGCCGUCGAUGCUAGACACCCUUCCGUUUCCGGUUGGUGGAAGACCGUACAGCUCUACACGGACCAGACAGGUGCGAACAUUUCCCGUACGGUGCGUUUAGGGGAAGAAAAGAACGACCGGUUUUACUCCCACGGCAAGUCCCUCACGCGCCUCUCCAUACAGUCUGUGAUAAAAAGCGCCGUGACGGCCCGGUCAAGACCGUUACCGAUAAACCCCAAAAGUGGGCUCUACCUCUUGCUGACAUCCGAUGACGUGUACGUCCAGGAUUUUUGCCGUUCCGUCUGUGGGUUCCACUACUUCACCUUCCCUUCCAUCGUGGGUUACACGUUGCCGUACGCAUGGAUAGGGAACUCCGCCAAACUCUGCCCGGGCCAGUGCGCGUACCCCUUCGCCGUACCGGAUAUCCUCCCGGGACUGAAGCCGCUAAAGUCACCCAACGGUGACAUAGGGGUUGACGGAAUGAUAAGCGUUAUUGGUCACGAGAUGGCUGAGCUGGCAACAAACCCAUUGGUUAACGCUUGGUAUGCGGGUCCUGACCCGGUGGCUCCGGUGGAAAUAGCCGAUUUAUGCGAGGGCAUUUACGGUACUGGAGGGGGCGGGUCUUACAUGGGUCAACUCUUGAACGAUCACGAUGGUGCUACGUAUAACAUGAAUGGGAUCAGACGGAGAUACUUGAUUCAGUGGAUAUGGAACCAUAUAGUGAAUUACUGCACUGGCCCUAAUGCACUUGAUCAGUAAUUUUUUGUUUUGGGUUGAAUUUUUUUUUUUUUUUACUCUUGCUUUUUGGGGCUGUUACUAGAAAUGGCAGGGUUUGUGGAGCUUUUGGAUGCAUAUGAUUAGUUAAAACUAGUUAACGUUGUUAAAUAUGUAAUAAUUAAUCGUAUACUGUUUCUGUAUACAAAUAGAUUGUGAUUCCCGCCAGCUUUCAAGUGAAAUUAGGUGUUAUUGUAAGUUUUUUAUUUAGUGAUAAUGAAGAUAUCUUCUUGCCGGA